AUCUUUUGCAAACUGAAAGUGAAAAGCGGCAGGGAGUGCCUGCUGCGCUCGGGGAUCGUUUGCUUUUGCCUGCAAGCUGUAACUGGCGGCCCGGCCGCGACUGAAUCGCGGUGAUGGAGGAGCCGCAGGAGUUGGGGAGAGAGGGCGCUGAGCGGGUCUCCGCGGGCGAUCAGAUCUCGCUGCACAAUUUCUGCGGGCGCCUGUCCGAGCAGCUCGUGCAGUUCCACGCCAUGCGCCUGCGGGACUCGCUUUUCCUUUGGAUCGGGGAGAGCCCCGAGCUCAGCAACCUGGCUGUGGCCAUGUGCACCCCUCGCGACUCCAUUCCAGCAUCUACCUUACUCUUUGGCAAUGCCUCUGACAGCACCUCCAAUUCAUUAGCCCAGAGAUUAGGUCUUUCCAAGAAGGCUGACGGCCAUCUGUUUUUGUUUCAGCCAGCAAGACUAAAAAACAGAUUUUUGUCAGCUAUAAUAUUCAAAACACAGACAACAGCUUCAUACUACUUGUGGAAAACCGAAUCAAGGAGGAAAUGACAGCUUUUCCAGACAAGUUUUAGCUUUGCAUUGUUGUAGCAUAUCUGUAUUUUUGUUUGUAUGUCAUUUUUUAAAAAUAAUAAUAAAGAACAUGAUUUCA